UUGUUUAAAUUUAACUUUAUUAAAGGGGAUUAUUUAAAAAUGAAUAGAACUAUUUUGCUAUUUAUAUAUAUAAUAAUAUAUUAUAAUUUAGUGAUAUAUACUCGUGUAAUAAAUAAUUGUACAAAGUAA